CAUCCACGUCAUCAAAGUAUCGCAUUCCUCCUCCUCUUUCAGUUGUACUUGUACACAAACUCUGCUUUUAUUUCCUUUCUCUGCCACUUUGGAAUCUUCUAGGCUUCUUUCUUUGGUUCUUUCUUUCUAGCACAAAAAGAUACACAAAGAGCUCGUUGAGAUAUUUUACGCGACAGAUCGGCGCCGACGAGCAGUUGAGAGAUUUGAUGGAUACCGGAGAGGAGAAACCGGUGAUGGUCGUCGGGGUGGACGAAAGCGAGCAGAGCAACUACGCUUUGGAGUGGACGCUGGAUCGUUUCUUCGCUCCUUACGCUCCCAAUUUUCCUUUCAAGCUCUUCAUCGUCCACGCCAAACCUAACGCCGUCUCCGCCGUUGGUCUCGCUGGUCCCGGAACUGCGGAGGUUGUACCUUAUGUUGAUGCAGAUUUGAAGCAUACCGCUGCUAGGGUUGUCGAGAAAUCCAAAGCAAUUUGCCAGUCCAAAUCCGUUCAUGGCGUGAUGAUCGAAGUUUUUGAAGGCGAUGCUAGAAAUAUCCUAUGUGAAGUUGUAGAUAAACACCAUGCCUCUCUUCUUGUUCUCGGAAGCCAUGGAUAUGGAGCUAUCAAGAGGGCGGUUCUUGGGAGCGUGAGCGACUACUGUGCUCAUCAUGCUCACUGCUCGGUGAUGAUCGUGAAGAAGCCUAAGACCAAGGCCUGAAACCAAACCUUUCUCAGUCAUAAAGCAAAGUCUCAAUUUCGGUGAUGUGAAAUAAUUUUAGCUUGAUGUCAAACGUUUCAAAACAAUCUAUAUCUUACAAUGGCGUCAGUAUUUGUGUGUAAUUUUUGUUUAUUACAUAUUCUCUACCUUUUCCAAACUAUUUAUUCCCGUCCGUUUAAUAAUGUUACAUCCUUCUCUAA